AUGAAGAAUAAUGUCAAUGCAGGAUCAUGGAUGUGGAGGAAAAUUCUGAAACUUAGGGAUCUUGCAAAGCAUUAUCUUCGGAUGGAAGUUCACAAUGGAAAAGAUACUUCUUUCUGGUAUGAUUCUUGGUCUCCUCUUGGAUGUCUUAAAGAUUUGCUUGGUGAAAGGGGUACUAUUGGUCUGGGUAUAACUGAAAAUGCUUGUGUCGGAGAGGUGCUUUCAACUCAUCGUACAAGAAGGCAUAAAUUGGAUGUUCUUAAUGAAGUUGAGCGUGAACUUGAAGCGUUGAGAAGCAGAAGCAGAAGCAACUAUGAUGAUGAUGAUAUGGCCCUAUGGAGACAAGAUGGAAAUCGAUUUGCAAACACUUUUUCUACAAAAAAGACGUGGUUAUGUAUGAGACAGGCGCAACCGAGUUGUAACUGGAAUAAGGGAGUGUGGUUUCCACAGUCAACUCCUAAAUUCUCCUUCAUACUGUGGGUUGCAAUUAGAAACAGACUGUAA